AUGCUAGGCCGGUCUCAACUCUUCUCUUUGGUCUGGUGUUCCAGUCUGGGAUGUGGAGCCUGCUACCAACCAAAGCGAAGAUUUGCAGCUCAGACCAUCAAAUCUUCAGACCCCAGGCACAUAGGCCAAGCGGUUCCCCAGCACUUUAAUUUUGCAAAAGAUGUGCUGGACCAAUGGUCCCAACUGGAAAAGGAUGGACUCAGGGGACCUCACCCUGCCCUUUGGGAGGUUAAUGCCAAAGGAGAAGAGGAGAAAUGGAGUUUUGAAAGGAUGGCUCAUCUCUCCCAGAAGGCAGCCAGCGUCCUCGCAGACACCUGUGCCCUUGGCCAUGGGGACCGGCUGAUGAUCAUCCUGCCACCAUCACCCGAAACCUGCUGGAUCUGCCUGGCCUGUAUGCGACUAGGAAUCACCUUUGUGCCUGGGACCCCCCAGAUGACUGCCAAGGAUAUUCUGUAUCGAUUACAUAUGUCUAAGGCCCAGUGCAUAGUAGUCAAUGAGCCUAUGGCCUCCAUCGUGGAUUCUGUCCUGUCCAGCUGCCCCACCUUGAAGACCAGGCUUCUGGUGUCAACUAAGAGCUACGAUGGGUGGUUGGAUUUCAAGGAGCUGAUUCGAAUUGCUCCUCCCAAGCAGACCUGUGUGGGGACCAAGAGUCAAGAUCCAAUGGCCAUAUUCUUCACCAACAGGACAACGGGAGCUCCCAAGCUGGUCGAGUAUUCCCAAUAUGGUUUGGGAAUGGGAUGUAGCCAGGCUUCAAGAUUUGGUUUUUCCUUUCUGGGGGCCCAGGCCCUGUCCAGGUUUCCCAUCACCACUCUCUGUGGGAAUCCAGGGAUGUACCAGGAGCUGCUUCACCACAAGUGUUUCACCAGCUACAGAUUCAAGAGUCUGAAGCAUUGUGUGGCUGCAGGAGGAUCUAUCAGCACUGGAGUGACUGAGGAAUGGAAACGCAUCACUAAGUUGGACAUCUAUGAAGGCUAUGGGCAGACUGAGACUGGUCUACUCUGUGCCACUUCCAAAAGAAUGAAAUUGAAACCAGGUUCUGUGGGGAAGCCAUUGCCACUUUAUAUUGUGCAGAUUGUGGAUGAAAACGCAAAUAUACUGCCUUUAGGAGAGGAAGGAAAUAUUGCAGUCCAUAUAAAACGAAACCAACCUGCCUCUCUGUACUGUCCACACAUGGUGGGCUGGAAGGAAUAUGCUUCAGCAAGAGGCCACAUGCUUUACCUCACAGGGGACAGAGGAAUCAUGGAUGAAGAUGGCUACUUCUGGUUGUCUGGUAGAACUGAUGGUGUCAUCAGUACAUCAGAGUCAGAGGUUAUAAAUGCUGUGGUUACUACUACUAGGCCUGGUAGCUGUGGGAGUCUAUAG